UCGUAUUUUGUUUAUUAAUUCGUGUUAACAUUGUUAUUUGUUAUUUGUUAACAGUAAAUUAAUACCACGAUGUAUAUGGAAUCUUCAAUCUAUUGAAAUUAGAAUUAAUAUAAUAAAGUAAUUAUUUUUUCAAUCAGUAUAACAAUUGAUAUUUUUUUACAUCGUGGUCAAUACUUAUUGCUUGAGACUUUUUUAGUUUAAUUUCGUCUUUUAUGUUAGAUGUGUAAAGAACUACCGUGUUAAUUAAUAUAUUAAAGAUGGAUUCUUCAAUGAAUAUUUCAAGAUUCAUGGACAACUCUAUGUCCAUGAUUAAUCAAUCAAUAUCAGCCAAAGAUAGUUUAGAUCUAUCUGGUAAAAUGUUGGAUAAAUUUUUUGCAGCAGAUGACUCAUUUCCUACACUUGUUGAGAAAAUGCAAAUAACUAAAAGCAGUCAAAGUGUUAGUGGUUGCACAGAAUAUGACUAUCCUAAAGAAGGUCUAGGGAUGCCUUCAAUUGCUCCUCUUAAAUCAAAACACAAGAUACCCUUACCAGGCGCAUUACUAGAGCAAUGGAAUGAUGCACAAAACUUUCAUCGCAAGUUAGGAAUAUUUCCUAGUAUCAACCGAGUUUGGGUCACAAUUGAUCAAGAAUUUUUCUUAUGGGACUAUAGAGAAGGAACGGAUUUAUCUUAUUUUGAUGGAAUGAACUCAACUAUUUUUGCAGUAGCAUUAGUAAAACCUAAAGCAAAUGUAUUUCAAGCUCAUAUUAAGAAUUUAUUAGUCUUAGCUACUGGAUUAAACAUUGCAAUAUUAGGAGUAACAUUUAACCAAGUUACCAGUGUUGAUGGUAAAAGUAUAAAACAAUUGGAACUUACUACAGAUACUAUUUAUGAAGUUCCUACUGAAGGUGUGAUAACUUCUAAAAUUGUCGGAACUGACAAUGGACGAAUUUUUCUUGGAAGUGAAGAUGGUAACCUAUUUGAAAUUGAUUAUUGGAAAGAUUUGGGAUGGUUUUCAAUUGGAAAUGGAAGACGUUGUAAGAAAGUUUGUCAUUCAGUUGGAACUUUAUCGUAUAUUCUACCAUCAUUUUUAACAUAUGCAAUCACCGAACCCUCUGCCAUUAUUGAAAUAGCUGUUGAUAAUACACGUCACAUACUUUACACACUGACUGAAAAUAGUUCAAUUGAAAUGUAUGAUCUUGGAUCUGAUGGUAAAUCUACAAGCCGAAUUGUUUCUUUGUCACAUUCUAAUCUUGAGUAUCAAGUUUCAAAAUUACUUAGAACUAUGGAAAUAGCUCAAAUAACUAUAUUGAGUAGUAUAAAAAUUAUAGAAGAAACUGAAUCACCUAACAUUCAUCUGAUGGUUGUAUCCAAAUCUGGGUUUAGAUUGUAUUUUUCUACUGGAGCUAUAACCUCUAGCAAUACUAGACCUUACACAUUACAACUUGUACACAUACGUUUACCACCAGGAUAUAAUAGGGUUAUUGGAGAAUCUAAACCUAGUUGUGUACAGCAAGUGUUAUAUAAUAGAGGUACUAUUAUAAUGUCAUGUAACACUGACAUAACUAAUUAUAGGCCAAUGUUGUGGUGUAUAUCAUCUGAUGAAUAUGCAUUUAGUUCUAAUUUUAGUGAAAGAUAUUUUAUUACUGAUUUGGAUGUAUGUCCAUUAGCACUGGACAAUAUAGGACCUAAUUUAUUGAUAUACAAUGAUCCAAGUUUACCACAACCACCACUCAUUGUUCGUCAACAGUUUGAAAGUCGCCAAGAAUAUAUAAUCUUGGCUCCACAAGGUUUGGAAAUAUUUGAAAUGCUUCAACCUUAUGACACUCUCUGUGAAUUAUUAGCCAGCAGUCAAGGUUCAGAAACAGAUGCUAUCAAAACAUAUUUUAAAAAUUUCACAGAUAUUCAAGCAUGUGUGGCAUGUCUCACAAUUAUUUGUGAUACGUCAUUGAAAAAUUUAAAGAUUAAAGAAUACGCAACUCGUGCAUUUUUCACUCAUGGUGGUGAGCCCAAAUUAGUGACUGAAAAUCUGCAGGAAUCAUUUCAUGAAUUAACAAGAGUUUCACAGAAUAAUAGUUUUGGUUCAAGUAAUUUUUCAACAUCACCUAUACCCCCAUCAUCUAUGCCAACAUUUAUAAAAAAUCAGACAAAUAUAUCACAUUUACCAUUUGAAUCCACUAGUGUUCAGUACUCAUCGAAACAUAAUGGAUUAUAUUUAUUUGUGAGUCGCUUACUGAGACCGCUUUGGAACAUUAAAGCUGUUAAUAUGGAGACUACUGAUGGGAAAACUUAUACUGCCAACAUAGUGUCCCCAGACGAUUGUUCAUUUAUUGCAAACCAUUUGCAAACUUUACACUCUUUUAUAAACAAUCAUUCAAAAAUGUUAGCAAACUAUUCUAGAAUACCAUUAGAUACAUCUAGACGAACAGCUAUACAAGAUGCACAUCAAUCUGAAUCAAAAUCUAUUGAAUGUUUGAAACAAUUAGUUGUUUUUAGUGCUGAAGUAUUUAAUUUGUGGAAAUUACUCAGUGAACAUCAAUUUCAUAUCAUAGCGAAGGAAUUAAUUGAUCAUGAACAGCGUGUAUUGGAAAAUAUUACCUUCAAAGAAUUGAUCCUUUCACACCAAGAACUGUGUCAAACUUUGGUUCAAAAACUAUUAGAUACGUACCUAAAUGAAAAUUCGUCUGUAGAAUCAAUUAGUACAAAAUUACGACAAGUCUGUCCAUCCAUAUACCAUUCUGAAGACGCUGCUUGUGCAAAAGCAUCAGAAAUGAUUAAAUUAGCACAAUCUACAGUUAAUGAGGAUGUGCGUAAACGAAUUCUAUACAAAUCUCUUAUGGUAUUGAAAGAAGUAGCACCUAAGUUUAAUUUAACUUCAGUUUGUUUACAAUAUACGAAUUGUGCAUACAUGGAAGGUGUAUAUCAGAUGUGUAGAGAGUAUGCUAAAAAAAUUGAUCCAAAGAAUUUGGGUGGUCAUUAUUUUGUCAACAAUAUGGUAUCAAAUAGAGAUGGACCAGGCUAUGGUGCCUAUAUGCUCAGAUUAGAUAUUUACAAAGAAAUAAAUGCAAGUUUAGAUUACUUAUACUCUAUCAUGGUGAAAAAUCCAUCUGUAAUUAUCCCUAGUCGACCAAAUUUAAUACCUGGAAUUCUAGAAAAUUCUGCACUAACUUCUGAACAAUCUUCUAAUUUGAUUUCUGAAUUGAUAAAGUUGUGUAUCUCAUGUGAUGAUGAAAUCAUGCACACCGUAGUAUAUGGAUGGUUGAUAGAUAAAAAAUUAAUAAAAGAAACAAUUGAAAUGGGACAUCAUAGCUUGGAAAAAUUUUUAUUGGCUCAGUCCAGGUGUAAUGAUAACAAUAACUAUAUUAAAGAUGUACUAUGUAGAUAUUAUGAGUAUAAUGGAAAUUAUAAUGAGGCAGCUGAAGUUUUGGCAUCAUUGGCUAAAAGACCAGAGAGUGGUUUAACUUUAAGCGAUCGCCUUAUGUAUUUGGGACGGGCAAUGGCAUGUUUGCGCAGUAAAAAGUUGAGUACACCCACAUUAAAUGUUACCAGUCUCAGAGAUGUUGAAGACUUGUUACAAGUAGCUGAAAUACAGAAAAUGAUAUUGGAUUUAUUGUUGUCUAGUCAAAUUGAUGGAAAAUCUGAUAUAAUUGAUAAGCUAAAUAGCUGUCUGUUUACAUUAGGCGAACUUUAUAGUAAUUUUGCUGAACCGCAUAGUCUAUGGGAAGUUCAGUUGGCGAUAUUACAGCUUUCAAAUCAUGAUGAUCGUGAACUAGUCAACCAAAUUUGGGAAAAUAUUUUAUUAAAAGUUGUGGAAGAUUGUGGAGAUAUUGACGAACACAACAAAAUGACUAUUGCUCUGGAAAAAAUAAAGUCAUUGGCCAAUUCACAUCCAAUCAAUUCAUCUACUUUUGAUUUGAAGUAUAUAACAACAAUGUUGGAAUAUUUGAAUUGUAACUUGGGUGGAGAUUUGGAAUCUGUGUACACAACUAUGUUAACUAUUGGUGCUCCUAUUGAAUCUUUAGUAACAAUAUAUAAAAAGAUUUAUUCUACUAAUGAUCCACGGUGGCAAAAGACAAGUGAGUUGCACGUAUUAGAAGUUAUUAUGAGUUUGGCUCGGUAUUAUUUACAAAAUGUUGAUUUAUGGCCAUCAGGAAUGCAAAGGAGAUCCAUUGCUGUGAACUUAUUCGAUUUAUUAGUGAUUUGUCAAAACAUGCUGUAUAGCCGUUUUGCACAUAGUCCACUGAUUGAAGGUGUCAUUGCAAUCAAAACUGAACUUGACAAUAUCAUUAAAAACUGACUUAAC